AUGAACCUCUUCCAUGGGAAAAGCGUCUGCAGAUCUGCAUUGGUGCAGCACGAGGACUACAACACCUCCAUGGGGUGGGAGGUUUCCAAAAUGCUGCCCGAAAACAUAUCGGGUACAAACUCCAAUACGUUUGUAGCGGACAAUGCGGGAUAUAUGGAUCCAGAGUACCUUGCGAGUGCAAAAUUAACAAAAAAAUCUGAUGUGUACUCAUUUGGUGUCAUUUUACUGGAAGUCCUCUGUGGUAGGAAGCCUAUGAUUAUGACAUGGGAUGAGGAUCAGGUUAAUUUAGUCCGUUGGUUCAAGACUAACAUUGAAAGGGGCACUGUUGAUCAGAUCAUUGAUCCAAAUCUAACCGACAAGAUAGCACCAGAAUGUCGGAAGGAGUAUGUCAUGGUUGCAGAAAAAUGCGUGCACGAUGAGGGGAUUGAACGUCCUUCAAUGGAUGAUGUACUGAGCAGCCUCAGGUCUGCAUUGCAGCUGGAAGACAAUUGGCGAAAUGUUUAG